AUGUGCGACUCAAAUGUAUCAGCGCGGUCUCAGAGCAGUCGUCCCCAACAAAGCAACAACGCGAUCGUGUUGGUGCUGCAGCCUUUGAGAACUGCGUGGAUAAAGCCGUGCAGGGCUUUCUUGGAAGGGAGUGCAGCUGAGAUCCUGAAAGAGUGGAAUGUGACCGGCAAAAAGAAGCCCAAGAAGAAAAAGAAGCCCAAGCCUCAGCCCGAAGUCUCCGCAGAAGCGGCUCAACCUGAGGCCACGUCGCCCGAGGAGAGCAAGGAUGAGAUGAACGGCUUUCACGCCAACGGAUCCGUCGUGGACGGAGAGUCUCUGGAUUCGCUGAGCGAGCAGUUGGACUCUGCUUCCCUGGAUGCAGCCGAGCUGGACUCUGAACCUGCUACAUCCGAGACGCCCAUUGCAGAGGCAGAAAGUAAUGUCAGCGCGCCAAGUCCUGCGUCCCAACUCGGAGGGAGAAAUCAUCACCAGGUUUCCAGAGGCAACAAAUCCCGGCACCGGACGAACUCCGGUCUCCAUCCCUCCUCACCUUCACUAGCAACCACCCCUGAUGAGCAGGGAUCAUCAGGAGGGAAGAAGAUAGCUACCAAUAUUGACCGCUCAGUGAAAGACCUGCAGAGAUGUACCGUCUCCCUGACCCGCUACAGGAUGGUGGUCAAGGAGGAGAUGGACUCCUCCAUCAAGAGGAUGAAACAGACAUUUGCCGAACUCCAGAGCUGUUUAAUGGACAGAGAAGUGACUCUGCUGUCAGAGAUGGACAAAGUGAAGGCUGAGGCCAUAAUGAUCCUGGACGCUCGGCAGAAGAGAGCGGAGGAACUCAGACGGCUGACGGAGCGAUCUGCCUCCAUGUCUGAGGAGCAGCUGACUGAACUACGUGCAGAUAUCAAGCACUUUGUGAGUGAACGUAAAUAUGACGAGGACCUUGGGAAAGCUUUAAGAUUUACAUUUGACCUUGAACCAUUGAAGACGAGCAUCUCUGGCUUUGGAUCAGUCUACCAUCCACGUACGGGCUACUCAGAUCGGUCCCGUUGUAGCUCCACAUCCUCCUCCGUCGCCAGUCCGGUCCAAACGGAGACGCCUCCGCCCACCCAGACCCAACCUGCCCACGCUGAAAACCGGCCUCCUCCAGUCAAACAGAUUUUCCAAGGGAACCGACGCACCUUCCAAGGCCCGGGUUAUCACUCAGGCGGCCAGCGGUUCAACGGCAGCUCCCACCACGACAGGAACGUGGGCCGCGGGGGCCACCGUUACCAGGGCGACGCCGGCUCCUCCGGCCCGUCCUCGCAGCAGCCCAGCAGCUCCAGAGGUCCCUCGCAUUCCUCCACCUUCUCCUCCCACAACCAAGACCGGCCCGCCCACAACGGCCUGCCCCAAAGGCUUCCUCGAACACACUGCCCUUGACAUUGGAAAUCUCCUGACCCAGUCGAACCCAUCCACUACCCCCCCACGCUCUGUGCUCCCCGCCCGCCCGCCCCGGCUCCCAGCUCCCUUCAAUGAAGAAUAGUAUAACAAGUUUACAUGUUUCAGUCAGUUGAGCUGUAGUGCCACCACCCCCCCCCCCCCC